CGAAUACUUUGUUAACAUUUCUCCAUACCAUAAUCAAGGCUUUGACAGCAAAGAACAAAUUUACAGUCGGUAAUACAAACUCAAGCAAAAUGCAUCCAAAAACCACAGUCUAUUUAAUAUGUUUGGCUAUCUUGGUUUCCAUACAAGCAGUAUCAUCAAGGUCUGUAGAAGAUCUAUCGAAUUCUGGGGAACAAAGACAACGACGUGAUGUUACUUGGGACAAGCAAGUUGGUAAAGGCACUGUGUUUGGAACUCUCGGCAACAACGAUCAAGGACUAUUCGGUAAAGGUGGUUACAAACAGGACAUCUUUAAUGACGACAGGGGAAAGUUGCAAGGCCAAGCGUACGGUACUAGAGUGUUAGGUGCAACUGGAGAUAGCAGCUUGCUCGGUGGUAAACUCGAUUGGAACAAUGUCAACAAAGACGCCAGUGCUACUCUUGAAGUUACUAAGCAAAUACAUGGACAUACUAACGUGGAUGCGGCAUUAUCUAAAGUAUGGAACUUCGUCAAAAAUACUCAUUUGUCUGCUGGUGGUACGGUCAACACGGACAUCGGCCGCGGCAAACCCGACUACGGUGUGGGUGCCACCUUCGAACAUAACUUCGGAUAAGGAUACAUAUGUGGUUCGUUAAUGCGUCUUGACGGGGAGCGAUAGUGGCCCAAAUUCAUAAAUGAAAGCUGAAACCUUAUUAAUAAAUAAAUACUAAUUAUAACUACUUUAAAGAUAGUGUAUGUAUUUUAAAAUAUGUAAACCACUAAAUUUAUAAGGUUUGGAUUUCUUGUAAGAUGGUAAACAAGCAAGCGACCACCCGAAUACGCCAAAAUAUCAAAGCGAACGCUGUCCAUAGACAUCUGCGACAUUCCUAUGCGUCCUCCGCCAAAUCCACUUCCCUUUUCCAACAUUUCCUUAAAAGAAAGGGGUGGGCAGGGGACGUGGGGUAGUCCUCCGGAAUUCACAUUUACGAAACUCGGAAUCCCUUCCACUUCACGCCAGUCUUUCGUGUGGUCAUGAUGUUACACCAAUCGACAUGACUUAUUCGUGCACCCAACAAAUACUGUUGUUGUGGGAUCUACCACUGUUAAGUCUCGAUUAUCUGCAUU